CUGGUAGCCUGGCAACAUAAUUAUACUCCCAGGCCUUUCUCUGCCUCUGUGGUGGAUAGUGGAGUGUUUCGCAUAUGGUAUUGGUGUGCUGGAUAUCCCUUCACCGGUAGCCUGGUACCAUACACUCCCAGGUCUUUCUCUGCCUCUGUGGUGGAUAGUGGAGUGUUUCCCAUGUGGUAUUGGUGUGCUGGAUAUCCCUUCACUGGUAGCCUGGUAACAUACACUCCCAGGUCUUUCUCUGCCUCUGUGGUGGAUAGUGGAGUGUUUCCAAUGUGGUAUUGGUGUGCUGGAUAUCCCUUCACUGGUAGCCUGGUAACAUACACUCCCAGGUCUUUCUCUGCCUCUGUGGUGGAUAGUGGAGUGUUUCGCAUGUGGUAUUGGUGUGCUGGAUAUCCCUUCACUGGUAGCCUGGUAACAUACACUCCCAGGCCUUUCUCUGCCUCUGUGGUGGAUAGUGGAGUGUUUCGCAUGUGGUAUUGGUGUGCUGGAUAUCCCUUCACUGGUAGCCUGGUAACAUACACUCCCAGGUCUUUCUCUGCCUCUGUGGUGGAUAGUGGAGUGUUUCCCAUGUGGUAUUGGUGUGCUGGAUAUCCCUUCACUGGUAGCCUGGUAACAUACACUCCCAGGCCUUUCUCUGCCUCUGUGGUGGAUAGUGGAGUGUUUCCCAUGUGGUAUUGGUGGGCUGGAUAUCCCUUCACUGGUAGCCUGGUAACAUACACUCCCAGGUCUUUCUCUGCCUCUGUGGUGGAUAGUGGAGUGUUUCCCAUGUGGUAUUGGUGUGCUGGAUAUCCCUUCACUGGUAGCCUGGUAACAUACACUCCCAGGUCUUUCUCUGCCUCUGUGGUGGAUAGUGGAGUGUUUCCCAUGUGGUAUUGGUGUGCUGGAUAUCCCUUCACUGGUAGCCUGGUAACAUACACUCCCAGGUCUUUCUCUGCCUCUGUGGUGGAUAGUGGAGUGUUUCCCAUGUGGUAUUGGUGUGCUGGAUAUUCCUUCACUGGUAGCCUGGUAACAUACACUCCCAGGUCUUUCUCUGCCUCUGUGGUGGAUAGUGGAGUGUUUCCCAUGUGGUAUUGGUGUGCUGGAUAUCCCUUCACUGGUAGCCUGGUAACAUACACUCCCAGGUCUUUCUCUGCCUCUGUGGUGGAUAGUGGAGUUUUUCCCACGUGGUAUUGGUGUGCUGGAUAUCCCCUCCCAAGGUGCAGGACUUAACAUUUUUCAUCAUUGCAUUGUAGCAGCCACUUUUUGUUCCACUCCCAUAGCUUUUUGAUGUCUUCUUGUAGGAAAUCCACAGUCAAGGGGUUAAAAAUAGGCCUUUCUGACAAACUAUUGCAAUUUUUAUAACACUCUUAUUUCCCUUAUAAGAUUACAUUACGUCGUUUGUCUGGUGGAGAACAGUUUUGAUUCUUCGCAGAGACAAACAAAGGGAAACAAUUCAAAGUGUUUUUAUUCCUCUUAAUAAUGAACAAAUACUUGACUUCUGGGCUGCCAACAGAGUAAUGGAUUGUUUCAUCUUUAGGGCGAACAAAGAAAUUAGCGCCUGAAUGUUCAAACGCUGUAUUAGCCUUCGUCAAGAACACUGUGGCUGACUUGUCUUUGCUGGUUUGUUAAUGUGUUGACUUCACUCUGAAAAUCCAGGACUUCUAGCUAACAACUCCAUCUCAAAAUUAGAAGCAAAGUCACACCAGCCACAGAGCUUGAUACUACUACCAUGCUUGAAAAACCCGGCGUACAUGACUAAACGAUAUAUGUACGUACCUCCUUGAGACGACAAGUAAUAUAUGGAGCCGAAAAGAACCUCCUCGUAACCGACUCUACGUAACCGUUUAUCCCGAGCCUGUGUUGUCGUUCCGAGUCGGAAGAACUUAAAAUAUAUUGUCAUUACGAACUCUCUCUUUCAUAACACAAGUCCUACAGCAAUACUUCCUCUCCACAACACAAGUCCUACAGCAAUACUUCCUCUCCACAACACAAGUCCUACAGCAAUACUUCCUCUCCACAACACAAGUCCUACAACAAUACAAGGAUCGUAAUGUUACGUCUACGUAAAGACGAGAAAUAAGCAAACAGUGAGUGCUGGGCU